AUGGCAGCUAUAAUUAUGAACGUCUGUUUAAAGAUAACAAAUCUUGCUGACAAAGGAAAGACAGCUAUUUGGAAUUUAAAUCUUUUCAAAUCUAUACCACCUGCGCAAGAUGCUUUAACAUUGCGAAAACAAUCGUUUUCCACGCGACUAUACCUUAUUCUCUUGAUUACGUUUCUAACCGUUUUUACCACUUAUACUACACAAGUUGGUAUUAUUCAAGUAGGAACGGUUAAAAAUCCAUCCUAUUCAGACUACAAGCAACUUUUCGAGCAAUAUCAGUAUAAACUAAUCUGUCCUUGUACAACAAUCGUUAUUCCAACUGAUGAUUUUCUUCAAUUAAAUGUUACAUACCAUGAAAUAUGCUCAAGUGUUUUUGUUCACUUUAAUUGGACGUAUUUAAUGGUUGUUGUAGAAGCAUUGUCAUUACCGGUUUCCUUAUUCGACUUUCGUAAAACCGGUGGACCUAUCUUUAAAAUACUGGCUUCAUUUUGUGAUUUUGCCAAACAAUUUAGUAGCAAAGAACUACGAAAUUUUGCUGAUACACCUUUUAUCACUGACAAUGUUAUAUCCAGCGAACUUUUAAAUCAACAGUCUCUAUCAUCUGUUAAUUUUUUUGUUUCAAACUUGGAGAGCAGUUUCAUGAGCACACUUUCGCUUAUUCGUUUAACUACCAGCACUGAUGGACUGGUAACCGGCACACUAAGUAACUUUGAUUAUAAACUCGUCCCGCAUCCAUACAAUCCAGUCAUGCUACAAGCUGUACCAAAUAUACAUACUUUUCCAGAAAACAAUUGUACCUGCUUCGGAGUCACAAUGUGCGCAAUUCCAGCAUUUAUUUCAUUCGACGAUCUCAGUAAUCAAUCAAAUUCUUUGGUGGAAUAUAUACCUGGUUUAUAUAUAGGUUGCUAUCCUAUUGACGGACUAUUACAAUCUAACGUGGAAUUAUUUUUUAAUCAAAGUGAAAUUGAUCGUAUUCUUCGAUUACUAUUGAACAAAACAGAUGUACCAAGUGAAACCUUUCGUGCUCUUGACUCGACGCUUCUACGAAGAUUUACUGUUAAAACAUCUGUGAAUGAUCUCGUCGCUCGGUUGUUUAUUGAUGUCUGGACAAAUAUAACUUCUCAUGAAAGUUAUUUUUUGUCUUGUAAACCAAUCGAAUGUCAUUACUCAUUUCCCAGUAAGCGUAAGUUCAUUGUUACUAUUACUAUUGUUUUUGGAAUCAUUGGUGGUUUGAAUACGAUUCUUCGUUUUCUGGCACCUUUGAGUAUCAAUAUCAGUUUUUUUCUUAAACAAAGAUCUAUUUAUUCCAAUACUAAUUCAUCUACUAUUGAAAACAGAGCAAGACAACCUCCUCCAAUUCGAAUUCAUACUGUAUUGAUUAAACUAAAAAAAUACCUUGUUCAAUAUAAUAUGUUUUUAACAAAUUCUUCUUUAAAUAAUGUUCAUAAGAUUCGAAGUCAAAAAAUAUCAACUCGCCUGUUUGUCAUCGUUAUGAGUGUUAGUUUUAUUAUCCUUGUCGUUUAUAAUACUCUACAGGAAGUAACAACAAUAAUCACUAUAAAGCAACCCAAUUAUAUUAAUUUUCAAGAGUUAUCUCUUCAGUAUUUACGAACUCUCUCUUGUCCCUGCACAAAAACUUCUGUCGUAUAUGGCAUGUUUGUGGAUAUUAAACCAACAUUUCAUCCUAUUUGCUCAAGUGAUUUCGUUUCUGCUGCGUUUUUAAAUCAUUUAUUAACUAUACCAGAAACACAACAGCGGUUCCAUUUAAAUUUGUUUCAAUUCAUUAAAUCAUUAUGCGAUUUGUCAAAUGCGACUAUUACUGAAAAUUUUCUCGUUUUCAAACAAAUUCAAUUUGUUUCGAGAGAAAUGCUUUCCAAAGAUCUCUUCGAAAAACAUAUCAAGGAUAUAGUCGAUCGCUAUAUUCAGUCAAUCAUAAAUCCAUUUGUUCUUUCGCUUUCAUUUAUUCGUAAUAUGACAAUAGGAAAUAAACUCAUGAGUGGCUUUAAUACUAACGUUUGGAUAUUGGUACCUGCUAUGCCUGGAAUGGGUAAUAAUUAUUAUGAAACAACUCUGUAUCCAGGUCCCUGUGAUUGUCUAUUAGAAUCAUGCAUAACACCUCUUGUAUUGGGAACACCUGGUGGACCACCCAUCGUGCUCCCUGGCUUAUUUCAUGGUUGUAAUAUUGUUGAUUCCAUUCUGAAAUCUGAUUUUCAAUGCUGGUUUGAUUUGCAUUGUACGACAUUUUAUCUGAGUGUUCUCGGUUCCAAAUUAGAUAUUAAUAUUUCAGCGUUAAAUUCGUCGGCUACUCGUUUUCCUAUGUUUACUUCUUUGAAUAGUUUAGUCCAAGAAUUAUUCGUUGAAGAUUGGAACCAUAAUAUAUCUCAUAUUGAUUAUUUUCAUCAGUGUAACGUAGCGAGUUGUUCCUAUACUAUUGAAACAAAAAAUAACUUACUACUUAUUCUAACAGCUACUCUCGGAUUACUCGGUGGAAUUCAGGUUGUUUUACGAUUUAUUUUACCGAGGUUGGUUUGGCUUAUAUAUUAUUGGUGCUUUAUUAGACGUCAUGUCCGUGAUAACGAUAGAGAAAUUGGUGAAUAUCCACCAACAAAUUCCAUAGUACUUGUACUGAAAAAUAUAAAAACAUUCCUAAUGAACUACAACAUAUUCGUUUCGUUUCCACCAGCCGUAAAUGCCAGUAUUCGUCGAAAUCAACUUAUUGCAACACGUCUGUUCAUAUUUUCUCUUACAACGUCAAUGACUGCAAUUACACUUUUCAAUUUACUAUUGCCUAUUCCAAUGGUAGUAACGGUUAAUUCUCCGACUUAUCAAGACUAUCUUGAUUUAUACGAUCAAUAUGACCAAAGCCUUGAUUGCCCAUGCACGUUCGUUGCAGUUCCAUACUCAAGUUUCAUGAAAACUAAUGUAUCGUUUCAUCAAAUAUGUUCAAGCGUAUAUAUUCGACCAGAAUGGGCACGGAUAGUUUACUCGUCCAGUAAAACUCAUCCAAUAGUUAGUAUUUAUGAUUUUCGAAAGACGGGAGCGCAUAUUUUUCAGGUCAUUGCAUCAUUUUGUCAACUGACGAAUGAGACCGUUAACAAUGGACUUAUUUUAUUCAGUUCCCAACGACUUAUAUCGAAUAACAUAAUCAAAAAAAAUACUUUUCUGCUACAAACAAAUGGUUCAUUGAAUUCAUUUCUUAAGUCUAUGAAAAGUGACUUUGAUCGUACAUUACAGCUGCUUCAAAAUACAACAAAAAAUAAUGGGCUGAUUAGUCUUACUGAAUCGAAUGCGCUCAUUACUGGAAUGCCUACAAGUGACAACCAUAUGACUGCCUUUCCGGCCUACCAGAUUUAUCCUGUUAAUGAUUCAUCGGGAAUAUUUUGUCAUUGUCGACCGCCUGGUAAUUGUUUUAGACGAUCGGUGAUUCAAGAUGCACAAUUUCUAAACAGAUUUAAUGUUACUGGUAUGGUGGUAGCGUGUUUACCUGUUGAAGCAGCUUUAAAAUCAACACCUUUCUGUUUGUUCGAUCAGACAUGUGUCGAUAAACUGUAUUCAAUUCUACGUGAAACAGCAUUAUUACGCGAGAACGUAAGUAUCAUUGCACUUGAUAGGUCGUUACCAAGUCAGUAUUCGUCAGAAACGAAAAUAGAAGACAUUGUUUACCAGCUGAUGAUAGAAAGUAUCACUAUGAAUGCUUCGCACGAACAAUACUAUAACAAUUGUCAACCGUCAAUAUGCUCUUAUACGAUUCAAAAGCAUAACAACUUUGUUUAUGUUUUCACUGUCGUUCUCGGUCUUGUUGGCGGUCUUUCGAAAGUUUUACAAGUGAUUUUACCUCGCUUAGUUACAUUAUUUUAUAAACUGAUUAAACAGUUUUGUCAUUGCAAUCGGUGUCGAAACCAAAUUCAACCGUCUUAA